AUUCGUGUUAAGUCUGUCUCAACGUUCGCCAUACGGACAUGAUUUUUUUUUUAAAUUAUAUUUUGAAGAAUAUAAUCAACGGAUCAGUUGUAAUAUUGUUUUAGAAAUCAAUUCGUAAUUGAUGUGAGGUGUUUGUGACUUUUUUCUUGCCUUUCUCAUUGAAUUGCGUAUAUUGCGCGGAAAAUUUUCCAAUACCUUUUUUUUUUCAAUCAAGAUAAAAGUAUUUGACACUUAGAAUGCGAGAAUAAAGUUUGAAGUUUCAAGUGUAUAAAUAAUAUAUACCUAUGUAAUCGAAGGGUUUAUUUUAAAAUAUUGAGUGACACGUCAUUAAUGGAUCUUUUGAAAAAGGCAUUUUGAAGUGUUCAUUUUAUGUGCUGUAUUUCUCGUGAAAUUCUCAAUUGAUAAGACGGGUAUAAAGUGGAUUUUUCUUCGUAAAAAUGAAGGUGAUAUCUCGUACGACAAUAGAUGGUGAAUUUUUAUUUCUCACAGAUGGAAAAUCAAGAAGUGAAAGUUAUAAAACAGGAAAGAUCACCUGAUGGACAAACUAAAGAAGUAAUUGUUGAAGAAAUUUCUCACCAAAAUCAAGAUGCAACUGCUUCUAGUCACCCGACAACAGUUAUUACCACUCAAAGGCAUCGAAUGAUUACUACAGCAGGCGACAUUAGAGAAGUAAGCAGUGCUCAAGAGGCAAUAGUUGAUUCUCAAGAUCAACAAUAUGAGGGUAAUCAUGAGUAUCAACAAGUUGGUAAUACCGUUGACGAUCACAACUAUACCUACGAGCCAGCUAUUGCUACCGUAGUUACAACUCAAACAUCUACUAUGGCAACUGUGCAACAAUUACAUGUAAUCAAACGAGAAGGUACCCCAGACAAGGAAGUUAACGUGAAUGAUCCAACCCAGCACCCUCAGCAGACGCAGCAACAUCAAACUGUUUACAUAGAACAAUCAACGGAAGAAGGCGAUACGUAUAGGUAUACAAAUGUCAAGUAUGAAACUGAAGAAUAUCCCCGAUUCCCUUACCAACCUCAAAAUAGAAUUCAAGCCACAUCAGAUGAAAUAAAAACUUUGGAAGAAACACAGCCUCAGCCGCAAGCACAAGAAAUUCAAAUAUAUGAACAAUCGGAACCGCACAACCAAGAACAACAAGGACAUCAUGACUCUGGAGAAGCUAAAGCUCAAUAUACUAAUUUAGAAACUGUGCAACAAUUACCAACAGGAUCAAGUUAUUAUAUCACAAGCGAGGGUUAUGCAACUCCAACAGGAAACUAUUCAUACCUACAAUCGUCAUCUUCAAAGGAAUAUCCGAGCUACCAUCCUAGUAGUCCUAGCACUGUGUUAUAUAAAGAUCCUAAUUUGGCAUCAGCCUUGUCGACGAGACAAUUGCAAUAUCAUCAUAAUAUAGCUAAUACACCACAUAUCUAUGAUGGCGCAACUGUUUCAUCAGGAUCACCAUCAGGGCAACAAGUUUUCACAGCUUAUAAAACAGAACCUACAACUUAUUGGGCUAGUCAAUUGGAUUUCAAUGUUCCGACUGGAUACGGAAAUUCUAUAAUUUUGGAUAACACAGUUCCAUCUGGACCUGGAGAUUAUACAACCAAUGGAUCAUGGCCAACUUUGAGUACAAUUGCUGAACAAUAUGAUGGACAAAUAAUCCCAGCGCCAGAUAUCAAAGAGUGCGUGAACUGCUCUGCAUCAUCGACGCCACUGUGGCGGCGAGACAAUAGUGGUCACAAUUUAUGUAAUGCAUGCGCUCUAUACGGGCGUCAAAAUCCAGGCAUUAAUCGACCACCCAAUCGGAAUCAGAAAGCAAAAGCGCCGGCGGCUAAUGGGAACAGGCGCACCGGGGUGCAAUGUGCCAAUUGUCAAACAACCACCACGACCCUGUGGAGGAGAAAUCACAACGGUGAUCCUGUUUGCAAUGCUUGUGGUCUUUACUACAAACUGCAUAAUGUACAACGUCCACUUUCAAUGAAAAAGGAAGGAGUUCAAACAAGGAAAAGAAAACCCAAGAAUGUUACCGGGAGUCAAAUAAAAACAACUUUAAGUGUUCCAGGUACUGAGAAAACUUUACCCCCAAUAUACCCAUCACAAAUUGAGAUGAAGAUGCCUGUAUUGCCAACAAUUGGCCAAGCACCGACGGAAAUACACUUGGUGUCUACUCAAUCGUCAGGUCAAGAGCAAUACUUAAGUGUUGGUCCUCAGACUCAAUCGCCUCAUUUGCCAACAACCACAAAUUUAACGAGGCAUAUUAAUUCAACAGUACCCCCACUGGAUGGAGGCCGGGGAAUCAAUGGAGAAAUUACUAGUGUAAUCACAAGUACUGGACUGGCCGAAAGGAAUUCUAAUUGAUGUUACCGCUAAAACACUCAGGUCUCGAAAUUAUAUUCUUGGGGAAUUUACGCUUUAAGACAAUUAUGUGCAAAAUUAGUAUUUUUGCUUUUUUUCAUUUAAAUAGAUUUUCAUUUUUUUUUUGUAUACUUCAUGUUGAGUUUGAGAAUUACCCUAGUCAUGUGCAAAAAUCCUUUAAAGAGAAUGAAAAAUUGCUUCUUAUUUGCAUGUAUACAAUUAAAUUACCAAACUAUCUUGCCAAUCAUAUUCAUAGGGCAAUGCCUAAUUUUGUUUUUGAAAACAGGCAUACCUAUGAUAUUUAAAAUCAAUAAGGUCAUAAAUCGAAUACAAAUAUUAGUAUGAUACAAAACGUUUGUAUUUCAUACUUCAUUUGUUCAAUAUUAUAAUAAUUUUAAAAAUACAAUAUUAUAUAGUAGUUGAAAAGUAUUUUAUAUUAUUAGUUUUCGAAAAGAAAGCAUAUGAAAUAAUAAAAUAUUGAAAAUAAUUGUAAGUUUUGUACACACAUUUUAGAAAAUUAUAUAUUUUUUGAAAUUAUAAAAAAAAUAUAAAUAUAGUACGAUAGGUCAUGUAUGUAUAAUAAUAAUACAUUAUGUAACAUAUAUGGAUGGCAGUGUAAAGACAGUUAAAGGGAAAGACAAAUAAUUAGAAUAUUUUCUAAUCACAACUAAUGAAAAGAGAUAACAAUAAUAAAUUCUGUAUUAGUAAUAGUAAAAUAGAAUGCCAAAGAUAUAAUCGAUGGUGGAGUACCUUGGAAAUGGGUUUCAAAAAUUAUUUUGAGAGUGAGAUCGACUAUGUAAACUAUAUCAUAAUAAAAUAUCUGCAAACAUCGAAGAAAAUGAUUUUGUUAAAUAGCAAAACAUGAGCAUAAAAUACUUCGUUUUAGUGAUUUUUUUAAACUAUUUUAAAAUUAAAGGAAAAAUAUAAAUAUACAGAUAGAUGAAUUAGAGCUCCAUGUAUAUUAUAGAUAUUUGAAAAUGCACUAUGUUAUGUAUGUACAAGAAUCAUUUCUAAGAGUUUGUAAUUGCGAAAUGUAUAUUUGCUCUUUAGAGAUAUAAAAUAAAAUGAACACUUAAUAUGUUUAUA